AUGAUUUUAAAAACUCUCAAAAAAAGUUUGAAGUGGAAGUGGGAAAGAAUCAAUUUAUCAAAUGAUACGAAAAGUUUUGUCAUAAUGUCUUUACUUCAAGCAAUAACUCUUAUAAUACUUCAAAUAAGAAUCGCUUUGCGUAAUACUUCGCUUAGCGAUCAAAUGGAAUCUUAUCUAGAACAAAAUAAAACUCUUGCUGCUUCAUGUGAAAUGGUCUUAGCUGACAAUAGACUUACCUUAUUAUUUGCUGAAAAUUUUUGUUUUAUAUUUUUUCAAAUUUUCCAAUUCUAUUUUUGUUCACAUGCGAUAGUUCACCAAAACAUGAUUCAAAUAUUCGUGAUACUUGGACUCGAUAUUGCAAACGCUCUCUAUGGAAUUGUCCAACAAGAUGAAGUUGCAAUUGAAUUAAAUAUUAUAACGGCUAGCUGUCCAGGAGUUUACCAGCUUUCUCCAUAUUAUGAGUCAUAUGAAUAUCCAAAUGUUAUUGUUUCUUCAGCUUUUGCAUUGGCGAAAUUAAUCUUAACUUGGAGAUUGUUUAUACUAUUUGAACGGAAAAUGUAUGAAAAGCCAGAUAUUGAACUACAUAAACCAACCCUUUAUCGGAAAAUGCUCAUUUUUGUCAUGAUGUUAAAGUUAGCUGCAUUCUUAGUUGUCAUAAACGCUUCAUUAACAGCCGCAAUAAUCCCUUUUCUCGGACGACAAUCGAUGAUGUUUGUAAUUGCUUACGCGAUUCAUGCUUCAAUCUUAUUGUUUUCAAUUCCUGCACUGAUUCUCGCUUUUAAUUCGUUUAUUCGACAAUGGAAAAUUGGAAUGUACAUAUUUCUUGUGUUCUGGGUAUUCUUUGUUGCUGACUUUGCUUUUUUGAUUAAGGAUGGAAUUUCAGCUGCUUCUGAUGGAUGGUAUUUUUGGAUAUCCACAAUUUUUGUAACGUUAAUUACUGCUCUCGUAAGUGACAAUUAA